UUCAUCCUCAUCUUUAUCUUUCUUUUUCUCUUUCUUAUCAUCAUUCUUUUUACCUCAAACCUGUUGUCAUCUUAAUUUCUUCUUCUUUUCUCUUCCAACUCAUCAACUCUAUUUCUCUUACAAUCUUAUUGUUUUUCUUUUCUCUCCUUCAUCAUUUUUGGUCUUUUUCUAAUCCAAACCAUGGGAAUAGUUUUUGAUAUUAUUGUUCAUCGAAAUGUCAGUGAAUUUCCCUCCUUAAUUACUUAUAAUUAAUCAAUUCGAUUCUUCUCCGUUAUCAAAUCGUCAUUUGAUUCUCACCUGAAACAAGAAUAAUUCAUGAUUAUUGUUCACUUGGAAUAAUCACCUUAAUGAUCAAAUAGGAACCAUGACAGAAACUCCAAUCUUAACUCGAAACGCAGAGAACAUCAGAAAGAUACUUAAAACCGGCGGAAAAGAGAUUAAAGAUAAAUCCAAGACCAUUGAGAAAGAUGAUAUUUCCACCCCAAAGAAUAACAAAAUUGUCACCAAUGGAUCAUCACCAACGCCAUCGUCCAUCAUCAAUAAAUCAAAUAAUCUAAUUACUAAAGAAUCUCAAUCAAAUGCUAACCCAUUCUCAUUUACAAUUGAAAUCAACGUCGUUGCUUGGCUCUUGUUUUUUGUGGCUCUUGGCUUUAGACUUUACCUCAUCGGAUAUCCACCUAAUAUUGUUUUUGAUGAAUUACACUACGGGAAAUUUGUAUCUCUCUACAUGAAAGGAGUUUUCUAUUUUGACUCUCAACCUCCACUCGGGAAACAAUUGAUCGCUGCAAUUGGAUAUCUUGCUGGUUUCGAUGGUAAUAACGCUUUCAACGAAAUUGGAGGAAAAUAUAAUGAGAAUGUCCCACUUAAAGUUCUGCGAGCGGUUCCUGCAGUUUUCGGAAGCCUUUUAAUCCCGACGAUUUAUCACCUCAUCUCCGAAUUGGGAUUUAGCCAUCAAACUGCAGCUCUUGCUUCGAUCUUUGUGAUACUUGAAAAUGCACUUUUAACACAAUCGAGAUUCAUUCUCAUGGAAAGUAUUCUUCUUUUCAUGUCGUUCUUUGGUCUAUUUUCUGUUUGUAAACUUCGCAAAAAGCCAAUUCUGUCCAAAACUUGGUUACUUUGGCUUCUAUCGGCCUCAACUUUCCUUUCAUUCGGGUUUUGUGUCAAAUUUGUGGGUAUUUAUUUUCUUUUCGUUGCCAUAAUCAUAAUUGUACAUGACUUUUGGUGGUUACUCCCGAAUCGAUCCAUUCCAACGAAAAGCUUAUGGUUACAAGCGAUUACUUACUUUUUCUUCUUAGUUGUUUGGCCUUUGAUUAUUUAUACUUUUAUUUUCUUCGUUCAUCUGAGUGUUUUAACUAAAGCGGGUCCUCAUGACAAUGUAAUGACAAGCGCAUUUCAAGCGAGUCUUGAGGGUGGACUCGCUUCAAUAACCAAAGGUCAACCUCUUGAAAUUGUUCAUGGAUCUCAGGUAACAUUACGUCACACUCAUGGUAGAACCUGUUGGUUACAUUCACAUGCUCAAGUUUAUCCAGUUAAAUACAGCGAUGGGCGAGGUAGCAGCCAUCAACAACAGGUAACUUGUUACUCUUUCAAAGAUGUCAACAAUUGGUGGAUUGUGAAAAGACCUACAAUUGAUGAUCUUAUUGUUUCCGAACCUCGAGACAAAAUUAAACAUGGAGAUUUUAUUCAAAUUAUUCAUGGGAUGACUUCGCGAAAGUUAAAUAGCCACGAUGUUGCUGCUCCAAUGUCACCCCAACAUCAAGAGGUUUCAUGUUACAUUGAUUACAACAUCUCGAUGAUUUCCCAAGAUCUAUGGAAAGUUGAUCUGCUCAAUAAAGAUGAAACCGGCGGCUUUUGGCAUACAAUAAGGUCCAAAGUUCGUCUCGUCCAUGUUAACUCUUCUCAAGCUUUGAAGUUUACCGGUAAAUUGUUACCCGAUUGGGGAUACAAUCAACACGAAGUUGUGACCGAUCGUAUAAUUAAUCAAGACGAUACCAUUUGGAAUGUUGAGGAACAUCGAUACACCAAAUUAGCCGAUCAAAAGGAAAGAGAACGGGAUAUGGUUGAUGCCGAAUUCGUUCCCCUUACACCGACAUUUCUAUCGUUUUGGGAGAAAAUGAAAGAACUACAAUAUAAAAUGUUGACCUUUGACCAAGAGAAUAUUCCUGAUCAUAUGUUUGCCUGUGAUUCUCCGCUCGAUUGGUUAUUUCUCACCAAAGGAAUCGCCUAUUGGAUCGACUCUUCAAGUAACUCACAAAUCUACUUGAUUGGAAAUAUAUUCCUCUGGUACUUAUCGUUAAUUUCUGUCGCUAUCUAUUGCUGUCUCGGUGUUUUUUAUCUAAUACGGAAGCGCCGAAAUUACCAUGACCUUUCUGAAGAAAAAUGGACAUCAUUUAAAAAUGUUUUUCUAAUUUGCCUGAUUGGUUAUCUCAUCAAUUUAAUUCCUCACUUUUUGGUUGAAAAAACACUUUUCCUUCAUCAUUAUUUACCAUCAUUACUAUUUAAAUUACUUAUAACUGCAACUCUAUUUGAACAUUUAAAGACAUUUGUUAAUAGCAAUUUAAUUAACUGUUCAAUUGUUGUAAUAAUCGCAAUCACUGUUUACUACUUUACUCGUCUAUUGCCCUUAAGCUAUGGAUCUGGUUCAUUAACGAUUGAAUCAAUCGAAAAUCUCAAAUUACUCAAAACAUGGAACUUAAUUGUCCACAAAUGAAAUGGUCACGAAUUAAGAUAAAUAGUUAAUUAUUUAUUUUACUAAUUAAAUUGUGUCACAAUCUUUUCCUCGAUUAGAAGCAAAUUUAAUUUACUCAA